AUGGGGUUAUUGACAAAAAUCAAAGAAUCCAAACACAGAAGAUCACAAACCAGAAGCUCGAUAUUUCUGACGAAUGAAUCAGAAGCAUCUCAUACCUCAAGUGAUACUUCAAAUUAUGAACCACCACAAUCAGUUAAACAAGUUCCUACUGCCUUACUACCAAUGAGAAAACAGCGUCAUCCUCGACCCAAGUCUGACUAUGUGUAUGAAAAGAGUUUACCGCAAGAGCCUGUGCAUAAUCGGUCUCGUUCAGAGGAUGUCAAUGAAUUGCCAAUUCUUUCAAUGGGUGAUGAAACUUUGCAAGUACCAUUGAAUGAAAUUAAGCAAGAUAUAGAUCAAAAAAGCCAACUCGACCCAGUUUUGUCUAAACAAACUAAUGCAAAACUUCAUAGAAAAUCACCAUCCAACGAUUAUGAUAUAACGAACGGUUCACAGUAUAACUCGAAUUCUAAUGUUAAUGGAUCGGAUUACUCAAAACAAACAAGUUGUGAUGACCAAAAUCAACUGAGAGAAAAAAAUAUACAGCAUGAUCCUACAAAAUCAGCUUUUGACUAUUCGAAUCCUCAAGUAUCUCAGCCACAGCCAGAAAACUUACAACCCAUGCAUGAACAAAUGCAAACCUCAGAAUCCAAAGUACUGUACGAACCUGUUGACCAACAUAAUGAUUAUCUGGAGCAGCAAUCGCUGUAUGCUAAUCAACUGUUUAAUUAUUCACAUUCGCCUGUUGCUGACCAACAACAAUUAUACUUGCAAGGAAACAAUCCUCAAAGACAGAGCCCACGAUUUUCAUCUAAUAAUAAUUUGUUUGCUCAGGAAAACCAAACAUCAGAACAAUUUAAUGUGUGGCAACCAGACCAAUUCUUCACCCCUUAUCAGAUGUAUCAAGCGAACUCAUUCUACCAGCCAGUACCAGCAGUUACAACUUCAUUUGCUAAUGACGAUAAUAGUGCAGAUGAUCAAGAAAGCAAUAGCUCUAGCAAUUAUGAAACAUCUUCAUCUGAAGAACUCGAUGAUGAAGAAGAAGAAGAAGGUGAUAACGAUGACGAUGACGAUUCUGUCAGUUCUGGUUCCACUGCUCCAGUCACUCAACAUCCUUACUACGAACAAUGGAGACGUUAUUAUGAGGCAUUAGCAAUGCAGCAGCAACAAUUUAUGAACCGUCAAUCAAUGUAUGGUCCUAACUUUCAGGGAUUCAAUCCAAUGAUGUAUUUUGCAAAUCCGCAAAUGAUGCAGAUGCAAAUGCAAAUGCCUUAUUUCUUCAACCCAAUGAUGAUGCAGGGUAAUAAUGGGGCUAACCCUCAAGUAAACUCUGAUGCAGCUGCUAUGUUUCGACAACAGAUGCAACAAAUGCAGCAAUUCCUGCAACUGAUGCAAAAUUUAUACAACCAACCACAAGCUCCACAACAAUUUAAUAACGAACAACCACAACAACAGCAACAAUUACCAUCACGUAGUCCGUACACUCCAACCAACUCAAAUCAAGCAUCAAAAAGAAAUUCGUAUAUCAAUUUCAAUGAAUCGCAAGAAAAGGUUUCGUCAAGGGAACCACCCAAGAAUGAUUUCUUACUGUCAUAUAAAAAAAGUAGAAAUCUUAAUACUGAGACUAUUGACGAGGAUGAAAAUGAAUUGAUAUUACAAUCGAGAAAAUCUACUGUCAAGUCUAAUAGAUAUCCAUCAGCACCAAUUGGUACUCCUACUCAAGAACGAUUUUCAACUUGUGAUCGGAACUCAAGAGUUACUUCAUUGCAGAUGAAUUUUAAACCUGCAGGCUAUGGCAAAUAUCAGGAUGAUGAAGAGGAGGAGGAGGAGGAGAAAGAUAAUGAAUUUGAAGGACUGAGUUCAAGAGUAUUAUCUAAAGUUAGACAAGCCUCACUUGGUGGUAACAUUGAUUCUUUGGCAAAGUUAAACUUACAAGAUAGUAAUGGCGCCCUCAAUAGACAUAUUUCAGACUACACCAAGUACUUAUUUGAUGAUGAUGAGGAUGAUAGUGAUGCAGAAGAGGAUCAAAAUCGAACUGUUCAUGUACUGGCUUCUGGUGAUAACGAUAGAACUUUGAUUAGUGAGAGGAGAGGUAAGGCAGAGGAUGAUUUUAAUCAUAAUUCCAAUGCUCAAUUGCCUACUCCAAAUACAGAUGAUGGCUUGAGUAGACAAGGUACUUCUGCAUCCGAGGCAUCUAUUCAAAGUGAUGGAUCAUUGAAAUUUACUGUUGCUGAUAAUAAAAGAAGGCUGAAUCUUCCAUUGAAAUCGGUGACCAACAAUAAACCGAAAAAGAAGACUAAGAAUGCCAAAAAGUCGAAAAAGACACGUGAUUCUCAACCACCCAUGGGUCAUGAUUAUAAUCCGAACAUGUCUUUGCCUGAAUUAUCUAUGGGUAUGAUGCCUUUUGCUUCCUCUAUUGCAGGGCCACCUCCAGUAAACUUUGAUGGAUCUCCAUCAGUUGAACAAAUGAUGAUGAUGAACUAUUCUAAUCCAAUGUUGGCACAAACGACAGAGUAUAGUGGUGCUUCCACACCUUCGAAAAGAAGACAAAGUAUAUCCACUGUUGAUUCCAGACCACGUUCAAUGAUGGUUGAUACACCCACUCCAAAAGCCAACAAAAGAAGUAGUGUUCCUGUUUAUACUUCUCAACAAAAACAAAAGCAACAGCAACAAUUGCAACAAUUGCAACAGCAGCAGCAGCAGCAACAACAAAAAAUUGUGCCAGUGACCAAGACACCUGCAUCAAAAUCAACACCAGUGAAGGUUCAAGAUUCUACCAUCAGUAAGAAGAUUGAUGAAUUUGUUAGAUUGCGUUCUAGAAUUGCUGCUGGGAAUAAGACACCUGAAUAUAGAUUACAUUGGGUUAAGAUGUUGAUUGCUGCUACAAAUUAUAAAUUAUAUUCUUAUAUUAAUAUCAAGGGAGAACCAAUUUACCAAGAACAGGCUGUAUCAAACAAAGCUCAAUUUAUCAAAUCCUCAGUGACCCAUAUUUUGAAACUUAUCAAAGAACUUUCUUCAGGUACAUAUGAAGCCGAUGGUGUCAAAUGUGAAGCUUUUUUCAUAUAUGCAAAUUUAUUAAAACAAGAUUAUUUGGUAUCAUAUAAUCAAGAUUUCAAUAUGGAGAAAAAUAUUGAUAAAGCAAUUGAAUAUUAUGAUAAAGUACUUGAAAUCAAUCCUAAAGAUUUCAAGGCAUUAUAUAAAUUGGGUGAAAUUUUUGAAUAUGAAUUUGAUGAUGAAUUUAACAAAGCAGUAGAAUAUUACACUGCUGCGGCUAAAUUUGGUUAUAAUCGUGCCAUAUUAAAGAUGGCUAUGCUUUAUUUACAAGUACCACAAAUGAGAUCUAUCAAAUAUAUGAAAUAUUUGAAGGAUUUAUCCAAUAUUGAUUUGAAUGAAGUUCGUUUGGAUGAAGAAGAUUCUAGUGAAAUGGAAGAAGUCAUUGGAUUAGCAUGUUAUGAAUUGGGGAAAAUAUUCGAAGGUAUUUAUCCUGGAGAUUUGACUCAAGAAGAUGAAUUUAUUCAGAAAUCAUUGGAUAUGGCCCCAGUUAAUUAUGCCAAGAGUUUGACCUAUUACAAUAAAUCAGCAAAAUUGAAUUGCUUAUUAGCUCAAGUAAGAUUAGGUAUUGUUUAUGAACGAGGAGAAUUGAAUCGUCAACGGAAUCCAAAUAAAUCUAUUCAAUGGUAUAUUAAGGCUUCGUCGUCACCAUUAUCUUUUAAAAGACAUCCUGAUGCUAUGGUUGGAUUAGCUAGAUGGUGUUUGACAGGUAGUGAAGGUGCUAGUAAACAUAUUCCAGUACCUGUCCCUGAUAGAGCAGUUAUGUGGUGCAAGCGUGCCAUUGAUGAAUUCAGUUCGCCCGAUGCAAUGAAUUUUAUGGGUGAAUUAUGUGAAAUGGGAAUAGCUAAAGGUCGUCCACAAUAUUGGUACGACAAGGCGUAUAAAAUGGGAAACCGAGAAGUAGGUAGAAAAUUGGGGUUUUGA